GUCAAUCAAGGAUCUCCAUCCGCCUUAUGGUUUCGUAGUUACUUUCGCAGGGUCGCGCUGAUGAAUUCCUCAGUUUCGCACUUUAAUUGUUUUAAUAUAUUUAAAUUCACAUAGCUGCUGGAUUAUUUGCUUUUAACUACAAGUGGUUUUGGGAAUUCGGGAUGUUCUUAUCCUCGUCAUGGAGACUAAACGAGGGGAGAUUCCCAGCGAUGUAUUGGACGACCUUUGCAGUCGAUUCAUUCUGCAUAUCCCAAGUGAGGAAAGGGACAACGCCAUUCGAGUUUGUUUCCAGAUUGAGCUUGCCCAUUGGUUUUACCUGGAUUUCUGCUUGCAGAACUCACCAGGAUUACCUCAGUGUGGGAUAAGAGAUUUUGCCAAAGCUGUAUUUAACCACUGUCCAUUUUUACUGCCUCAAGGAGAAGAUGUUCAGACAGUUUUAGAGCAGUGGAAGGAGUACAAAAUGGGAGUUCCCACAUUUGGUGCAAUUAUUCUUGAUGAAACACUUGAGAAUGUUUUGCUUGUUCAGGGUUAUCUUGCCAAGUCUGGCUGGGGUUUUCCAAAAGGAAAAGUCAAUGAAGAUGAGGCUCCACAUGACUGUGCUGCACGAGAGGUCUUGGAGGAGACUGGUUUUGACAUUAAAGACCGUAUAUGCAAGGAUACUUACAUUGAAUUAAAGAUCAAUGAUCAGUUAGCUCGUUUAUAUAUAAUCCCAGGGGUUCCAAAGGAUACAAGAUUUAACCCUAAAACAAGAAGAGAAAUCAGGAAUAUAGAAUGGUUCUCAAUAGAAAAGCUUCCUUGUCAUCGGAAUGACAUGACUCCAAAAUCCAAACUUGGGCUUGCACCAAACAAGUUUUUCAUGGCAAUUCCUUUCAUUAGACCCUUAAGAGAGUGGAUAUCAAAGAACUAUGGAGAGUCCUCCGACAGUGAUAAUGGUCUGAAUUCCUUGAUCUGUACCCCAUCAAAACCUCACAUGGACAAAGUUCGAACAAGACCAAGGCAAAUCCAUGCAUUUACCAAUGGAUCUCCAGUAGACCUAUGGGGGAAACCAAAACACUCUCAAGUGAAAACGUUUCAUCAGACCAAUCAUGAGUCACCAUCUUUAAGACAUGUAACAGACAGGCUGAAUUUGUGCUUGGAUAAGAACCAGAGUCUACGAUGUAACAAUAAGAAACUGUUACAAGACUCUCCCAACCCAAAGAAAAGGGCAAAUGGUCUUACAAGUCAACAAGCUAAGCCUCAGCACUCAGUGAAAUCUGAGAAAAAAUUUCAGCCGAGAAAACUGCAGGACACUUUUGAAGAAGCAGCGUUAGAUGUUUGCAGCUCCAAUGAUGAACAGCUAUCAGACCAUGGUAAUGGAAAAUCCAACACCUGUAAUGGGGACUAUGAAGCCAUUCUUUCCUCCAAAUCUUUUCUGAGCUUCAAGUUUGACCAUGAUGCUAUAAUGAAAUGCUUUGACCUUUGACAUACUGAAUGGCAGACAACGAGAAAGAUUGUUGACACCAAGACUUUCUUUUGCAAAAAUGCAAGCCUUUGUCUCUCAGGUGUUUAAUGAUACGCAGGGAUAACUCAAGAAUAAUAGUUGGAAGACACCGUUCUGCCGGAAGAGCGUUGGACAACUCUGAUGCAUUAGCACUGUAAAUGCAAUUCAACUUUAUGUAUGUAAUACCUUUUCAGUAUUUGUAGUUUUUGUUUGGUUCCUCAUGCUUCCAGUAAACAAUACCACAGGCUA